AUGGCCCACCCCAAGCCCCAUCCUCAGCCCCUCGUCUUCUCGCCCUCUCCUCCCUCGGCCCCGUCGCCCGCAGGCACCCCGGCACCGCAGCAGGCGUCCAACACGGUGUCCAUGCCGUUCGUGCGCCGUCACGUUACCCGGCGGCUUAAGGCGGCCAAGCACGAGUGCGACAAGGAGCUCCAGCGAGUGACCAACUCCAUAUCCGCGUUCUUCGAGGACAGAGUGCUGCCCCAGGAGGACGACCGCGGGCGGGCGAGAGGAAACCACGAGGCACAAGAGGCAUUCAAUGAUGGCGGCCAGUCCACGCCCCAGGACGACGGCUCGAGCGAUGGCUGGGACGCAGAGAGCGCCCACAGCCGCCACCCAUCCACGUCGUCGCCUGCCCCGAUCCGGCGAGCGCCCACCAUCUCCUGGGACUCUGCCGCCAGUUCGCCCUCGACCGGCACGUGCGAAUCUGGCAGCGCCAACUCCCCGCGCAAGAACCAGGCGGUCGGCUGGUCUCAGGGAGGCCUCGCAUCGCGCCGCCUCUCCCGCUCCCUGCACAUGCCCAUGCGCCCCUCCCGCUCGGCCGCGCCCAACUCCCGGUCCACUUCCCGAUCUCGCUCGCCUCUGCCACUCACGACUGCCAAUGCAACUCAGCAUUCUUCUUUCUCCGAUGCGUCUGCCAAGAGUACGAGACGGCAGAGCAGGGUUAUGGACGAAUUGGACCCCAUAAUGCUCAACCUCUACGAGCUCAUCAGGACCGCGACAGAAGUCAUCGACAUGUCCGUGGCUCAGUUAACCGCCGAGGAACACAUCUGCGAUGCCAUCGUCGCCCGCAUACAGAAGAUCGGCAAGGCGUGGGACGACAAUCCCGACUGGCACGGCAGGAGCUGGUACGUCCAGGUCCUCCUCGCCGUCGCCUCACUCUCUCGCGUCGUCGAGUGGUGGACCGCGGAGAAGCACUUCUGGAACUUUGACGACGAUGACGACGAAGAGACGGACGAGAGUCUAUUGUUCGUCAUGAAACCCGAACAGCCGAGUCCAGAAGCGAAGGAGACGCUGCCUCUGCCGCAGGACGUGCAUCGCAUGAGCCGCGUGUCGAGCCAGGGCAAGCGCUCGAGAGAUGGCAACACUCACCCGGAGCCUAGCCGGGCCAGCUCAAUGAAGACAGUCGAGAAGGCUGAUACCGCCGAAAGCGCCGGCGUACUGGCCACGGAGAGGCUCAGGUUGCAGGCGGAGAACGCUCAGAACCGCAACAUUGUUCUCGAGCUCGAGCUAGACGGGGACCGCGUCAUCUGGAUCAACUACGCCUGGUUCGUGGUUGUUGGCACGGACCCCGAACGCAUGCAAGGCCGCCUCAUCAGCACGAUGCUCGCCGAAGAAGACACCACCGUCUUCCGCGAAGCAACGCAGCGCCUGCAAGAAGACGACAGCCACACGGUCGAAGUUCGCUUCCACCUCCGCGUUGAACCCGAAGGCACCGACUCGCCCCGUACGCCCAGCACACCGCUCUUCCAGCCCAUGGAGGGCAAGGGCAUGCUCAUGAUCCGCGAAGACGGCGCGCAGACGCAUACGAUGUGGGUCAUCAAGCCCAUCGGCGCGCCCGCGCCCGCAGAGCCUCCUUCGCCACCCGAGAUGCUCACGGAUCAACCGAGCAUCGCCGAUCCCGACAAGACCGCGGGCGAAGUCUCGCAGCAGGACAACGAGAACGAGGAGGGCGCUGAUAUCGAGCUCAGCGCUGAGCCGCCCACACCCCUCGCGUUCGCCCGGCCCAUCAAUAUGACGCCCAUCCUGUGCCGCAUCUGCGAGCAGAACAUCGCGCAGUGGUACUUCGAGAAGCACAACGAGACGUGCAGCGAGACGCACAGGCUCGAGGCGGAGAUCGGAGAGUGUAACGAGAGCAUCGGCGAACUCCGGACGGUCAUACGUGAUCUCGGUCAAGCGCUCGAACGCGCUUCUCCGGGCGCGCAAGCGCCGGAGUACCGCGGUUUGCCGAUUCUCAGCCCGAGCUCGAGUCCGGGCACCAGCUCGCCGCUGCAGAUUUUCAAGAUCCAUAAGAUGCAGAAGUACGGCGUCAAGAAGCUGCAGAGGCGCUUGCUCGAGCAGUUGGAGGAUAUUCUUCAGGUUGCGGCGGAGGUUGCGGUGCCGGCGUUGAAGGAGGAAGAGCAGAAGGAGCCGAUUGAGCGUCAGCGGUUGUUGAGCCCCAGCUCUGAGCGCAAGAUUUCGCAGAUUCGUAAUUGGACACGGCCCAGUACGAGCGAUAAUGGGCUCGGGCAGCUUGUGGCGGACGCGGAGAGGGUGAUGAGGCAGAAGAUCGAUACUGUCGUACGACUACAGAAUACGAUCAGGUAUAGCGAGAAGGUGCGGCAGGAGUGGGAGGAACGUGUGGGGUUGGCGUUGGAUGAGGAGGAAGGGUCGGGCAGCAGUUCAUCGAGUGGGGAGUGUUCGGAUGGGGAGGAGGGCGAGAAGACGACUGAGGGCGAGGGGAAGGAGGGGAAGGAGAGCGUCGAUGGACAUAGCAGUACGACUUCCGAGUAUGCGUUUGGCGCACAGAGCUCGGCGCCUAGCUCGGACCCGACGCCCAACGCUUCGGCGCUUCCCAUUCCCAUCGCGGUGCCGAGCGCCCAGGUCCCGGUUCCACGCGCAUUGCUCAGCACGACACCACCGUAUGCGUCGAUGCCGCCCCCGCCUCCGCCUGCACCGCCGAUGCCAGCGCCUGCGCCGCCUUUGGCGUAUCAGCGUAGCGCGAUGACACGGUCAAGCACGCCGAGCAGCGUGAGCUCCCCAUUAGCGCUGGCGGCGCCUAUUGUCGCGAGGGACGACGAUGAGGAUGAUGUUCCAUUCAUGCUCGACGCGGGCUCUAGCCCCGGUGUCCCGCUUCCACCGCCUAUGGCGCUUAGCUCGAGCAUUGCCAGUCUUGCUUUGGGUAGCAUGCCGCCGCCGCCUCCACCGCCGCAUCUCCCGCCACCGCCACACCCACAUGCGCCGUCUGUAUCACCGCAGAUCGCUUCUACGCCCUCCAGCCAACAUUCGUCGCCGAGCAUCCCGUCUGCGCCUGCCCCUGUCAUGCGAUCUGUUCGUUCGCGUCGUUCGGGUAACAGUCUUGCGCCCACUACGAGCGGCACGCCACCGCUCUCGCCGCUUAGCUCGCCGCUUGAUCUACCGACGCCCGGCAGCACCACCUCUCGCCGCGCUCACAGGCGGCAUAGCACGAUCAACCCCGUCAUGUCCACUGCCGGCUUACCACCCGGUAGCGCCACAGGUGCACCUUUAUCUCCUCGAGCGCCCGUCAACCCGCGCAGCACGCCGACGACCAUCAAAGACUUCGAGAUCAUCAAGCCCAUCUCAAAGGGCGCCUUCGGCUCCGUCUUCCUCGCGCGCAAAAAGAACACCGGAGACUACUUCGCGAUCAAGGUCCUCCGCAAAGCCGACAUGAUAGCCAAGAAUCAGGUCACGAACGUCAAGGCCGAGCGCAUGAUUCUUAUGAAGCAGGCCGAGAGCCCGUUCGUGGCGAAGCUGUUCUUUACGUUCCAGAGCAGGGAUAAUCUGUAUCUGGUCAUGGAGUACUUGAAUGGUGGGGACUGUGCGGCGUUGGUGAAGACUAUUGGGAGUUUGCCGGAGGAGUGGGCGAGGCGGUAUGUGGCGGAGACUGUGCUUGCGCUGGAGCAUUUGCAUGCGAAGGGGAUUAUGCAUCGUGAUAUGAAGCCGGACAAUCUACUUGUUGACAACAUGGGUCAUAUCAAGCUCACCGACUUCGGUCUCUCCAAGAUCGGUUUACUGGGCCGUCAAACACGCGCGGAGCCAACAGGCGCUGCACUAUCAUUAUCCGGCGACCGCUCGCGAGCGCGCACGCGAUACAGCCCGCACAGCCGCCCUCCAAGUAUGGACAGCGCAUACCUGAGCUCGCCCUUGAUCCCAGCCGAGCUGAUCGGCGGAGCUGCAUCCGAGCGCGGGGAUGAUCCCGCUGAAGGCUCUGGACCUGCAAGUGGUAGCGGGAGUGGGAGUGGUGCUGAGCCGUUUUUUGCGCCCCGCAGACCUGGGACGGUCGCUACGGAUAGCCCGCUGCAGAGCUUUGCGAGCGAGUUGACGAGCGAUUUGAGGAGCCAUGUUGCGCCGGGCGGUGGAACGCCGCCUGGGGAGCAUAAGUUCGUUGGUACACCUGAUUAUCUGGCGCCGGAGACUAUACUUGGUCUGAGUGGUGACGACUCGACCGUCGAUUGGUGGGCUCUCGGUGUGAUCACGUACGAGUUCCUCUACGGCGCGCCACCCUUCCACGACGAGACACCCGAGAAGGUCUUCGAGAAUAUUCUCAGCGGGCAUAUCGACUGGAUGGAGGAAUACGUCGACUACGAUCCUCGCGCGCGCGACUUCAUGGCGCGUCUUAUGACGCUCGACCCUGCUCGUCGACUCGGUGCACAUGGUGCUGGCGAGGUCAAGGCGCACCCCUGGUUCGAGGGUAUUGACUGGGACACGCUAUACACGUCGAAUCCGGCGUUCGUGCCCAAACUCGAGGGCGUCACCGAUACGACGUACUUCGACGCCCGAGGCGCACAGCUCACGCUCCUCUCGGACGACGAUGUGCCGGUGCCGACCGAGGAUGCCGACGCAGGCGCCGUGGCCGCCGCGGCUCAAGCGGUGAAAGAGCCUGCGCCGGCGGGCACACCCCAAGACGACGAGUUCGGGAACUUCGCGUUCAAGAAUCUUCCGGUGCUCAAGCAGGCGAACGACGAGGUUAUCCGUAAACUCCGCACGGACCAGAUGGCGCCCAUUACGCAUACGCUCAGCGAUGGUGCUGCUCACGGUCAUCAUCGUAAGCGGAGUACGAGUGCGCGGAAGAAGCCGCCGGCUAGCGUUGUUACUGCACUUGAUGCUCAGGGGAGACCGAUCAUGACUAAUCCACCGAGUCCGGCUACGAGUACGAGUAGCAUUGCCAGCUCGCCAAGUCGAGGACCUGGGACGCCUGCGCUUGCUCAUGCGCAUGGACAUACCCAUUCGCGCAAGCCGAGUGAGUUGGGUGGAGGCGGUGGUGUGGCUGAGCGCUUCAAACACUCGCAUAUGGAGUCCGAUCUGGCGAGGAGAAACAGUAUGCCUAGUCGGCUCCGUACUGCAAGCGUCAGCAGUAGCUUGGGCGUCAGCGAGGGCAGCACUACUGGCUCGUAUGAUCCGCGCGAGAUGGGCAGUAUCGCGAGUCCGCCGAGUAGUGUUGCCAGCCGCGAGCCGGAGAGGGACCGGGAGUUGAAGGAGAAAGAGAGGGAGAAGGAGCAUGAGCCUAAUGAUAGGGCUGUCACUGUGCUGCUUGCUGAGGAUAACCCGAUCACGGCGAAGAUCCUCGAGACACUGCUUAUCCGUCUGGGGUGUCGCUGUGUGGUGGUUGCGGAUGGUGCUGAAGCUGUCGGCGUCGCGCUUGGUGACAUCAAGUUCGAUUGUAUCCUGAUGGACCUGCACAUGCCUGUCGUCGACGGCGAGAACGCGGCGCGGUACAUCAAGAGCACAAACAACAAGAACACCUCGACGCCAAUCGUGGCCGUGAGCGCGUAUAGCGGCACUGACAACAACGAGGCACCGUCGCUGUUCGCCGCAAGCCUUGCUAAGCCCGUCGCGAAAAGUGAUCUCCUCGCCGCCAUGCGCGCGCUAGGGUUCAAAACGUCCGCGCCGGCGGGCAAGGGCGACAAGAACGCGCGUGUCGUCACUGGGCGAUGA